CCGACCCAAGACUCCCUUCGACAUGGAUGUAAGAUUUUAUCCCGCUGCAUCUGGAAGCUCUUUACCCGGAGAUCCAUCCAAUCUGGACUUUGCCCAGUGCUUGGGGUACUACAGCUACAAUAAGUUUGGCAACAACAACAGCUACAUGAACAUGGCAGAAGCAAAUAAUGCAUUUCUUACUGCAAACGAGCAAACAUUCCAUACCCCAAGUCUUGGAGACGAAGAGUUUGAGAUCCCACCCAUAACACCACCUCCAGAGCUGGAUUCUACCAACCUAGGAAUGGCUGACCUACUCUUACCUUUUCAAGGUCUCAGUGAUCAGUUGGCCAUGCAAGGGAAUGAAUUUACACCCCAGUUUCCACCGCAGAGUUUGGAUCUUCCUUCCAUUACAAUAUCUCGAAACCUUAUAGAACAAGAUGGAGUCAUCCAAAGCAAUGGGUUACAUAUGGAUCAUAGUCACCCAGAUGGGGCACAGUAUCGUCAGGACCACUCCUUGAUUAUGAGAUCUAUCGUCCAUAUGACAGAUGCUGCUCGUUCGGGAAUUAUGCCUCCUAACCAGCUGACCACCAUCAACCAAUCCCAGCUCAGUGCUCAACUGGGGCUGAAUUUAGGCAGUGCCAACUUACCACACACUUCUCCUUCCCCUCCUGCUAGCAAGUCGGCAACGCCUUCCCCAUCUAGUUCGAUAAACGAAGAAGAUGCUGAUGACUCAAACAGGACUACUGGAGAGAAGAGAGCUGCCCCAGAUUCUGGCAAGAAGCCCAAGACUCCGAAGAAGAAGAAAAAGAAAGACCCCAAUGAACCACAAAAGCCGGUUUCAGCAUAUGCCCUGUUCUUCAGGGACACGCAAGCAGCAAUUAAAGGGCAGAACCCCAAUGCUACCUUUGGAGAAGUUUCAAAAAUUGUUGCCUCUAUGUGGGACAGCUUAGGAGAAGAGCAGAAGCAGGUAUAUAAAAGGAAAACCGAAGCUGCCAAGAAAGAAUACCUUAAGGCGCUCGCUGCCUACAGAGCAAGUCUGGUUUCCAAGGCUGCUGCCGAGUCAGCUGAAGCCCAGACCAUCCGCUCCGUUCAACAGACGCUGGCCUCCACCAAUUUGUCCUCCUCUCUCCUCCUGAAUACCCCGCUUUCCCAGCAUGCCACAGUGGCGACCUCGCCCCAGACACUGCAGCAGCCACUCCCCCGGGCGAUUGCUCCCAAGCCUUUAGCCAUGAGGCUCCCCAUGAACCAGAUUGUCGCUUCCGUCACCAUCGCCCCCAACAUACCGACAAACAUUUCUGCCCCCUUGAUCAGCUCUAUGGGCUCCAACAUGGCGGGCACAUCAGCUUCGGCCUCCGCCCAGGCAAGUCCUUCCUUGCAAAGCCAGCAGCAGCAGCUCCAGCAGCUCCAGCAGCUGCAGCAGCAGCAGAUGCAGCAGCAGCAGUUGCAGCAGCAGCAGCUGCACCAGCAAAUCCAACAGCAGAUGCAGCAGCAACAUUUCCACCACCACAUGCAGCAGCAUUUGCAGCAGCAGCAGCAACAACACCUCCAGCAGCUCCAGCAGAUGCAGCUCCAACAGAUGCAGCAGCAGCAGCUGCAGCACAUGCAACACCAGUCGCAGCCUUCCCCGCAGCAGCAUUCCCCCGCAGCCUCGCAGAUAACGUCUCCGAUCCCAGCUAUCGGCAGCCCUCCACCAGCUGCCCAACCGCACCAGACCCAAAUACAAACCCAGACACAGACCCAGCUCUUAUCGCAGGCCAGCAUUUUCUGAAGCUGCGUGUUUCCUCUGCAGAGCUGCUCUGCCUUUCUGAAUUGGGCCCGGGGUCAACCGUGUACAGAAGAAGUCUGUACGUCACUGAUGGUAGUUAUGCACGGACGCAUAACAGAACGAGUGAACCUCCUCAGCUGUCUAUUAGAUAGGCAAUAAAGAACUACAAUGUAGCUGUGUAUAAUCCUUUAGGUGAUUAUAAAUAAUUUUUUUUCUUUUGGUUUGGUCUUUUUUAAAAGAAAAAGCUGUGCUCUCUUCUUUUUUCUUUUUCUCCAUGCAAUGCCUUUUUAAUUUAUUGCAAGCUUUACCUACAAUAUGUGAAUCAGAAAGUCAUGGUUCUACCAGGGCAUUAAGAGUUGGGGGAAGCGCUCGCCUUUUCCCCAUUUCAAAUUAAUAGCUUUUCUUUCUUGCAAAAUUAGUUAAUGCACUUCAAAAUAAGUUGGGUUCUUUUUUUUUAAUGUUAAAAAUUGAACUCAUGAAGCCCUUAAAAGCACAGUUGUAACUACCUGUAAAAUGUCCAUUGGAUUUCAUGCAAUCAUGCUCAUAUGACAUGAGUAGUUGACGCUGUUUUUCUCGGUCAUAAAGAAAACACUAAUGUAAAAAAAAAAAUCACAGACUUUUUUUGCCAAAGCUCGUUUCUUUUUAAAAUGUCUUCUGAUGGGGGGGAAAAACUGCUGCAAGUGAAAGUUUUUAAAUGUCAAAGCCUAUCUUCUCAUCUUCGCUAUAACGUCUCCAAAUACUGCGGUACACUUUGUAAUAAAAGAUAUUCUUACCUUGUUCUGCUCAUUCCACUUUAAAAAUGUGAAUAUUCUAUUGUGUUUGGGUGACAACUUUCAGAUUUAAUACACUGUAUUUUUUAAAAAGGAAAUGCACUUAAAUUAAAAAAAACCCUUGUUAUUACAAAAAAAGGAGAGAAGGAAGAAAAUGUGAGGUUUUUUUUUAAAAAAAAUAUGCUGUAAUACCAGUAGACUAUUUAAAAGGAUGCCACAUCUGAAUAAUCAGUGUAAAUAUUUUCUUUAAAAGUUGUAAGUUUUUCAUAUCAUGUGUUGUAAAGUUUUCAUAAAUGAGGCUUUAAUGUAAACACUGGUAACAUGAACGAUUUAAUUGCUA